CACUCGCAUUUGUAAACACUGAAAGUAGGUCAGCAGAAACUAAGCGUAUCACAACGAAACAUAUUUCGAUAGAGGCAAGAUGUCGGAAGCCACCCCUGCUAAAACUAGGACAGUUCUGAUAGCUAUUGACGGCAGUGAGCAUUCUAAAUACGCUUUUGAAUGGUACUGCAAGUCCAUGCAUCUUCCAACAGAUCACGUGGUCAUGAUCCACUCUGUGGAGUUCCACACUGUUCUACAGACCACUCAAUGGUAUUACACCCCGUAUUCCUUUGACUCAAGUACUAUUAAUGAUCUGAUGCAAACAGAAGCAAUGCACAUCAAGGAGAAACUCGAACACUUUGCAGACCUGCUACGAGAACAUAAUAUCAAUGGUUCUGUGAAGAGCAUCCAUGCAAAUCGACCGGGCGAGGGCAUAGUUAACGCCGCGCGGGAAGUGAACGCUGAUGUCAUCAUUACUGGGUCACGUGGUACAGGCAAACUCAGACGGACAUUUCUGGGAAGUGUCAGUGAUUACGUAUUACACCACUCUGACGUACCUGUAAUCGUGUGUCGUCAUAAAGACCUUCAUGAUAUGCAUCACCACCAUGAGGAUCAUCAUCAUUAAAAACAUGAUGCCAAAUGAAGAACACAUAAAGUGUUUAAUAUUGUUGAAUACUCGGGCUUUGUAGAAGUUGUAAUCAUGUACUGUCGUGUGAGAGGAGAAGGUUGUUUAUAUACAGAUGUUUUAUACCCAGCAUACAUAUAGUGUUCUAUAAUGUUCAUUGCUAUUUGUACACAAAACUUAAGGGUAAUUUGUUUGUUCUUUAUUAGUGUUCAUGAAGUGUUCCAAUAAUCGUGCACAAGUAAUUCGAAUCAUGAGUUUUUUAGUUUUUUUAUUACAUAUCAGUUGUUAUUCUUGAGAUUAAAAUGCAAUAAAAAUACAAUAUAAA